CGCGGCUGGUCGGGAGGCGAGCCGAGCGAAGAGGCAGAAAGUAGUUUAGCAGGAAGCAAAGGUGGCCGCAGGGCUCAGGCGCUGCGAGGAGAACUCGCCGCUUUCCUUGCUUUUCUUUUAGAUGCAGAGGAGUUAGCUGUGUCCACCGUCUUUGCACUCGACGGCAAGUCGAAUGAAGGGCCGGGUCGGGCGCUUCGAGAGGCAGCUGGCCACCCGAACGAAUCGCGACGCUGAUCUCUAAAGAGGAGCCCCUCGUCUGCCGGUGAAUGAUGGGCUAAAACGAUCCCGAGAGCUCGACGCGGAUCCCGAAGGAGCCAGAUCUCCAGCCGCCUCUUUUUCCUUACCAUGAGCAAGAAUGAAGGGGGCAGACGCAGCCCCGGUCGGAGCAGCGAGGAAGUGUGGCCGAGGGGCCCAGGCAUGAAGCCCGGCAGGGAGUGAGGGAGAUGGAGAGCCCCCUUUGCUGCCAGCCCGGGGACUCUGCCAUGGAGGCCGGCAGGGGACUCUUCCUCCUCCUCCUCUGCCUCUGCCUGGCCGCCCCUCCAACUUCCCAGCAAGUGCUCAGGAUCGGAGGAAUAUUUGAAACUGUGGAAAAUGAACCUGUUAACGUUGAAGAAUUAGCUUUCAAGUUUGCAGUCACCAAUAUUAACAGAAACAGAACACUGAUGCCUAAUACCACAUUAACCUAUGACAUCCAGAGAAUUAACCUUUUUGAUAGUUUUGAAGCCUCGAGACGAGCAUGUGAUCAGCUUGCUCUUGGGGUAGCUGCACUGUUUGGACCAUCCCACAGCUCAUCAGUCAGUGCAGUACAAUCAAUUUGCAAUGCACUUGAAGUCCCACAUAUACAGACCCGAUGGAAACAUCCUACAGUGGAUAAUAAAGAUUCAUUUUAUAUCAACCUCUACCCAGACUAUGCAGCCAUCAGCAAGGCAGUUUUGGACUUGGUGCUAUAUUACAACUGGAAGAUAGUAACAGUAGUAUAUGAGGACAGUACAGGUCUAAUUCGCCUGCAAGAGCUCAUCAAAGCCCCUUCUAGGUACAACAUUAAAAUCAAAAUCCGCCAGUUGCCUGCUGGGAAUAAAGAUGCCCGGCCUUUACUCAAGGAGAUGAAGAAGGGCAAAGAGUUCUAUGUGAUAUUUGAUUGCUCACAUGAAACAGGAGCAGAAAUCCUUAAACAGAUUCUUUCCAUGGGAAUGAUGACUGAAUACUAUCACUACUUUUUUACAACUCUGGAUUUGUUUGCACUUGACCUGGAACCCUAUAGAUAUAGUGGAGUUAAUAUGACUGGAUUCCGCCUACUCAACAUUGACAAUCCACAAGUGGCAUCAGUUAUUGAGAAGUGGUCCAUGGAACGGCUGCAGGCACCACCCAAGCCAGAGACUGGUCUCCUAGAUGGCAUGAUGACUACAGAAGCAGCUCUGAUGUAUGAUGCAGUUUACAUGGUAGCAGUGGCUUCCCAGCGUGCUUCCCAAAUGACUGUCAGCUCCCUGCAGUGUCACAGGCAUAAGCCAUGGCGUUUUGGACCCAGAUUUAUGAAUCUGAUAAAAGAGGCUAGAUGGGAUGGUUUGACAGGACGCAUCACCUUCAACAAAACAGAUGGCUUAAGAAAGGAUUUUGAUUUGGACAUUAUUAGCCUCAAGGAGGAAGGAACAGAAAAGAUUGGGGUCUGGAACUCAAACAGUGGCCUUAAUAUGACAGACAGCAAUAAAGACAGAUCUACCAAUAUUACUGAUUCGCUGGCAAACCGAACACUCAUAGUCACUACUAUUUUGGAAGAUCCCUAUGUUAUGUACAAGAAAUCUGACAAACCUCUUUAUGGAAAUGACAGGUUUGAAGGCUAUUGCCUGGAUUUGUUGAAGGAGCUAUCAAAUAUUUUAGGCUUCAUCUAUGAAGUAAAAUUAGUAUCUGAUGGCAAAUACGGAGCCCAGAAUGACAAAGGAGAAUGGAAUGGGAUGGUCAAAGAACUCAUAGAUCAUAAAGCUGACCUGGCAGUUGCUCCUCUCACCAUUACCUAUGUAAGAGAGAAAGUAAUUGACUUUUCAAAGCCCUUCAUGACACUGGGAAUUAGUAUUUUGUACCGGAAGCCCAACGGCACAAACCCUGGUGUUUUCUCCUUUUUAAACCCUCUUUCUCCUGAUAUUUGGAUGUAUGUCCUCCUAGCCUGCCUUGGAGUCAGCUGUGUGCUCUUUGUAAUUGCAAGGUUUACACCCUAUGAAUGGUAUAACCCCCACCCGUGCAACCCUGACUCAGAUGUGGUGGAAAACAAUUUUACUUUACUUAAUAGUUUCUGGUUUGGAGUUGGAGCUCUCAUGCAGCAAGGAUCAGAAUUGAUGCCCAAAGCUCUUUCCACCAGAAUAGUCGGAGGAAUAUGGUGGUUUUUCACCUUAAUCAUAAUCUCAUCCUACACUGCUAAUUUGGCAGCCUUCUUAACUGUUGAGAGAAUGGAAUCUCCUAUUGAUUCAGCAGAUGAUUUGGCAAAGCAAACCAAGAUAGAAUAUGGAGCUGUUAGAGAUGGAUCAACAAUGACCUUCUUCAAGAAAUCCAAAAUAUCGACAUAUGAGAAAAUGUGGGCAUUUAUGAGCAGCAGGCAGCAGACAGCACUGGUGAAGAACAAUGAUGAGGGAAUCCAGCGAGUGCUCACCACUGAUUAUGCUCUCCUGAUGGAAUCUACCAGCAUAGAAUAUGUCACUCAGAGAAACUGCAAUCUUACCCAGAUUGGUGGACUCAUUGAUUCCAAAGGUUAUGGUGUGGGGACUCCUAUUGGGUCCCCUUAUAGAGACAAAAUUACCAUUGCCAUUCUUCAGUUACAAGAGGAAGGAAAACUGCACAUGAUGAAAGAAAAGUGGUGGCGAGGGAACGGCUGCCCAGAGGAGGACAGCAAAGAGGCCAGUGCUCUUGGAGUGGAGAACAUCGGGGGCAUCUUCAUAGUGCUUGCAGCAGGACUGGUUCUUUCUGUGUUUGUUGCAAUUGGGGAAUUUAUUUACAAAUCAAGGAAAAACAGUGACAUUGAACAGUGUCUUUCAUUCAAUGCCAUAAUGGAGGAACUUGGAAUUUCACUCAAACACCAGAAGAAAUUAAAGAAAAGAUCAAGAACUAAAGGGCGGUCAUCCUUCACAGGUAUCCUUACAUGUCAUCAGAGGCGGACACUGAGGAAAGAAACCAUGGCUUGAAUGAAUACAGCUGUCUGCCAUAGAAAAAUCUGGAGUAAGAGACAAAGGACAAAGACAAAGAAUAUUUAAUAAAAACUUUUGAGGCCUACUCAUUCUUUGUAUGGAGGAAUUUCUGAAAAAAACAUUAACCUUGUUCAGACAUUCAGUGUGGUUUUCCUUUCUUUAAUCUAGAGGAGGUACAGCAGAUUCAACAUUCUCAUGACUGGUGUACUAAUAAUCACUUGGGAACCAUCUCAUUUUUACUUUCAAAAAUGAUUUGUAUGGACACCUCUUUUGCAUCUCUCUACUCCUGCCCUAUUCAUUGCUCUAUGUGCUUUCUACAUGAAAUAAAACCAG